GCUGGGGAGCGGAGGCAUUCGAGUUGGGUCACACAUGCCUCAGCCGUGAUACAGAGCCUGCUGCCUCUCCUGCUCCAAGAGACAGGCAUAGAGACAGAGAUAGAAAGAGACAGAGAAGUUUCUACAGGACAGAACAGAGUGUGGGACAGAAAGUAAACAGCAGAUUAGAAGUGAGUGUACUGUUCCUUUGGCCCAGAGGCUGUCCAAUAAGAGAGAAGAGGAGGUGAAAGCUGAGUUGUUGAGUUGCAGGGUGGGCUCUGUAAUUUUUGUGUUGCGCUGUAUUUUUAUCCCGCGUGAGCGUGCGAGCACCGAGCAUUCUUCCAGAGACCAUGGCUGACUCAAUGGUGAAGCUGGACCGGUCGAUUCUGGCCGACGCGUCCUACAGUGACGACGAGGUGGCCCUGGUCGCCGCCGCCAGCGCUCCCGCUGUAGACUACGAUGACGACGACGACGAUGAGGAAGAGGAAGAUGACGAAGUGGUCAUCCGAGGGGCAGAGCUGGAAGCGGCCUCCGGGCCCCACGGCAAGAGCGAGGCGCAGGUGAACGGCGUCAUGGUGCUGUCCCUGCUGGACAAGAUCAUCGGUGUGGUGGACCAGAUCCAGACGACCCAGGGCAGCCUGGAGACCCGGCAGGAGGCCAUGGAGAAGGCUGUGUCGGGGAUCCAGGGGGAGCUGGCCAAGCUGGCCAAGAGCCACAGCGGCACGGCACACAGUGUGGACAAGAUGCUGGAGAAGGUGCGCAAGGUGAGCGUCAACGUGAAGUCGGUGCGGAGCAACCUGGAGAAGCAGGCGGGGCAGAUCAAGAAGCUGGAGAGCAACGAGAACGAGCUGCUCAAGAGACGACACUUCAAGAUACUCCUCUAUCAGGACGAAACAAAGCCCCCCAAACCCACAAAGUCCAAGUCCCCCGAGGCGGUGUGCGAGGCCGGGGUGGCGGCGGACGGCCUGGGGCAGAUCCCCGAAGGCGCCCCCGACCACGUCAACUCAGACGAGGAGGUGGAGAUCGAGGAGAUCGUCGAGGAGUCCCGCGCCGAGCGCAUCAAGCGCAGCGGCAAGCAGCGCGUGGACCACCUGAAGAAGGCCUUCUCCAAGGAGGAGAUGGAGAAGACCAAGCUGAAGACCAAGGAGAACCUGGCCAAGACCAAGCAGAGGACCCGCGAGAACCUGGAGAAGACGAAACUGCGGACCCGCAAGAACCUGGAGAAGACCAAGCACAGCCUGGAGAAGAAGAUGGGCAAGCUGAGCUCCCGCAUGACCCCCAACCUGGAGCGCAAGGAGAAGAUCAAGGUGGCCAAGGAGAAGGCCAAGGAGAAGGCCAAGCGCGGCCACCCCAAGACGUACGUGUACCGUGUGCCACCCUUCACCUUCCACGUGAAGAAGUACCGCGACGGGGAGGAGGAGGAAGAGGAGGAGGAGGUGGUGGUGGUGCAACACGACGAAGAGGACGUGGAGGAGGAAUCCGAGGAGGGUCUGGGGGAGGGCGAGAGAGGCGGCGUGGUUGUGGAGGAGGGGGAGCUGGUGAGGGUAGACAGCCCGGAAAGGGAUGCCCUUUUGCAGGUGAAGGAGGACUCUCAGCUGGUGGUGGUGGAGGACAACCACCUAAAAGUGCGCGGCAAUUAGAAACUGCCAUUGGUCCUCGUCCGUCAUCGAUGUGGUUACAGAGAGGGAUGACAUAGAAGGUUGGGAGAACGAAAGAUGUGGGGAAGUCACAAGUGGUUGGAAAUCAUAAGGACACAAUUUUAGUCAAACUAAACUUUCUGGACAUGAUCACAAUUUAUGCAAUCACAUAUUCAUGUUUUGUUUUUUUCUUACACUACAAGGAUGGUUUAUAUUUUCACAAUUUGCUCCUCUUAUGCAUGCCAUUAGUUGAAAAUAAAAUACACUGUGUUUAAGGCUUUAUAACCAUUUUUCAGUGGACUGCCAUCAUCAUUCGCUGCAGCAGAUAUGCUAUUUAUGUAGAUUCUAGGAAUGUUAGGAAAAAUAAGAAACGGAUGGACAUGGAGAAAAUGGUAGAAAAUAUAUUAUGCUUGUAGAAAAAGCUCUUGUAAAAUAUGCACCUAUAGGAAAAUAGAGGGUGUUAAUGGCAGGGUUUGAAUUGCAAUGAAUUGUAUACAGUCAUAAAUGCAUGGCUGAAUAAAAAAAGGGAUUUGUAACAAAAAAGGUAUGGUUUUGGGUUUGAAAGGAGGCAGGAGUGGAAGACAAGGGAAUUGUUGAUGUUUGUUUUUCCUUUACUGAAGCAUUUAUUAACACAUUACUGUUAUGUCCUGUGAUACCUCCUGCUCUAGAGGCCCCACUGGAACCUAGAGCUGUCUCUGACCGCUUGUCAAGAAGAUGUCAUAUUAAAGGAGGACAUAGGACAGAAGACAUGGUGCAAUGGAGAUUUUCCUUUUUAACACCCUGCCUUAAAAAAGUAUAGGUUAGGCUUUAUAUAUAUAUAGUAUUAAAAAUAACAAAUAAUGAAUUCAGACGGCAGAUUAUGAUCUCUUUAUAUGAAACUACUGAUGUAAGAAGCGUUUUAUAAGAAGCAAUGUUUGGAGUUGUACUAUAUUAUUUCAUUAACUUCUACUGAUUGUGUCUAAUCGCAACUAGUGGCAUCCGUAGCAUUUAGAUGUGAUGUCAUAAUUAGUAGUGCUUUUUCACUGUGCAUGCUAAUGCACUUUAAGUUAGUAUUAGCACGUUUGUAUUCAACAGUCGUAUACAUGGAAAUACAGUGUGCUGUUAGCACUUCAUAAUUCGGUGCUAUGUGAGUUUAACAUUACUAUUAAACCCUCAUGACGUGUUAAAUGUAAUUACAGGAAGAAAAAUAAUUGCCAUUUUUCUUGUAUUUCAGGACCAGGUGACAGCUUAAUGAUAAUCUAUGUCAAUGUAUAGAAGUAAAAUGUCAUGCUAGGCACUAGAUACAUCUGAAAGAACCAGAAGUGAAACACCAGAGAUUGUGAAUUGAAUUGGCGCUCGUAUGUAAUAAUGUCAUGUCCAGAGAAUUUCAAAACUCAGUGAAAAACGUGUGACACAUAUUGUGCUUAUAAUAACCGGAGAAAGCAGAAUGUAGAAAGAUAAUGUCAACAUCCUGCUGGAUAUUAUUAUUUCAAGCCACCAGGUCAAUGAUAAAUAAUGAAUUAUGCUGUGGAGUGCAUGGUGCUUAAGACAUUAUGAAUGCUGCUGAAAACAUUAAAUAACUAAAUACCAUAUACCGUGUGCAGAUCUUUCUUUUAAUUUGAAAGCUUCUCAAAGGUUAUCGAAGAAGUGCAUGAAUGUUGUCAAUAUAUUAAUUCCAAUAUUAAUUCAGAAUCUGUUUACAUUUAUUAAUUUUCAUUAAUUUACAGGAGAUGCUUUCAUCCAAAUAUGAGUUUUGGAGUAGAUAUGGGGGAAUGAUCUAGCUCAAGCACACCUAGAGUACAAACAAGAGGCCCUUACCACUUAAAAGGCUUCAAAUCGAAACAAUGACGCUCAAAUCAGAUACAAGGCUGGAAAAGGGGGAGGAACUUAAAAGACCUGGUUCUGGUCCAGAUUUCUGAGAAGCCAACCGACGCACACUUCGGAACCGAGCCCGGAUGAAUAUUGGGUGCCUCCCCACUGUAUCCCGAGAAUCAUGAAUAAUAGAAUAAUGAGAAUAAUGAUCCCAAGUCAUUAUUGUUGAUUGACUGUCACCAUGUGAUGGUAGCGGGCCUGACCUUGAAGACGUGAGUGAGAGGGGGUGGGGGAAAGUACCCUUUGCUACAUAGGACUAUGUAUGAAUCAGUAUUGAAUAGGCCAUACGUUUGUUUAGGUUAGGUGGAGUGUUAAAAUAUGGCAUGAAUUGAUUAAAUUGAAUCAAGGAUACAUUCUUGCCAUGCUUUGAAUACAACACCAUGAUGUUUUUUGGAGACGUAGGCCUAAUUGACUUGCCCUAGUUACAGCCAUGAGCCGACAGCGUACUGUUCAGACAAUGUGGUUGUGGGCAAUCAACAGUGCUGUUUGUUAUUGCUUGACAUUCAGAGACAAUAUUCUUCUCAACAACAUAAACAGAUAUGCUUCCUAGUUAGCCGUUUUUAAGUUGAAUAUUUAUGUAUUUCUUGUAAUUU